UUAUGAAUCUGCUUCGUAAGCUGUUCACACGAUUCAUUUCCAUGUCCACAGUAAAGAAAGUGACACAGCCGGAAUGGCACGCGCCCCAGCCUUCUGCUGUUGGAAAGCCAGUAUUGAAAAUCUACAACUCUCUAACCAGAUCCAAGACUGAAUUUGUACCCAUUGUACCAGGACACAUCACCUGGUACUGUUGUGGACCAACCGUAUACGACCAUUCGCAUAUGGGCCAUGCCAGAAACUACGUUUCUACCGAUAUCUGUAGAAGAAUUUUUCAGGAUUACUUUGGCUACAACGUCAAGUUCAUUCAGAAUGUCACUGACAUCGACGAUAAAAUCAUCAUUGCUGCUCGUCAACAGUACCUUUUUGAACAAAAGUUAUCUGGCGUGUAUCAGCAAGUCAAUUCUGAGUUGGUUGCAAAGUCCGAAGAGUACUUGACUUCUUAUGUAGAGAAGAAUUUACCUGAAUUCACAGGUAAGGAUAUUAAAAGUGAGUUCAUUGCUUGGGCUGACUCUAUUGCAAGCAAUGUUCAGGACAUUGCUAAGGAAAAGCCCAAGUUCCCCAUGUACUUGAAAGCAGCUAGAAGGGCCCACGAUGCCAUUUACUCUACUAAUGUUUUAGCUACGCCUAUUGCAGAGUACCUUGAGAGUAUCAAAGAGGUAGCCACACCUCUGUUGGAUAAGGAGUUCGGCUCUACUGUAAACGAUCCUUCUAUCUUCAGAAAGUUGCCUUCUUUCUGGGAGAACAAGUUUGACCAGGACAUGGCCAGAUUGAAUGUCUUACCCUCUACCGUCACUACUAGAGUGUCUGAAUAUAUUCCUGACAUCAUUGAGUUCAUAGACAAGAUCAUAGAGAACGGCUUUGGCUACCCAACAAAGGACGGCUCCGUCUAUUUUGACACUGCCAAGUUUGAAAACGACCCCAACCAUGACUACGCCAAGCUUCAGCCCUGGAACAAGGGAGACAUGUCGUUGAUUAACGAUGGAGAAGGAUCCUUGACCACUGGUCAGGAUACAAAGAAGAGUUCUGCUGACUUUGCAUUGUGGAAGGCUUCAAAGCCUGGUGAACCAUCUUGGCCAUCCAAGUGGGGUGAAGGUAGACCCGGGUGGCACAUCGAGUGUUCUGUGAUGGCUUCAGACAUCACGGGACAAACUAUGGAUAUUCACUCUGGAGGUAUCGAUUUGUGUUUUCCACAUCAUGAUAACGAAUUAGCCCAAUCUGAAGCUUAUUUCGAUAACAAGCAAUGGGUUAACUACUUCAUGCAUAGCGGCCAUUUGCAUAUCCAGGGCCAGAAGAUGUCCAAGUCGCUCAAGAACUUUAUCACUAUUGAACAAGCAUUGGAGGAUUUUAGUAGUAGGCAGUUGAGAUUGGUGUUUGCCUUGAGUUCGUGGGAAAAGCCGCUUGAUUUCAAGGAUUCUUUGAUCAGUGAAGUCAAGACCAUUGAAUCUGCCUUCUCCAAGUUCUUCACAAAUGUGCGUGCCUUGAAUAACGACUACAAGCACAAGGUCAACGACGGUGAGUUUGUGUCCAAGAAGUUGAGCAAAUAUGAAAAGCAAUUGUAUGACGAUUUGGAUAUUGCUCAGGAUGAAGUGGACGUUGCUUUCAACGAUAACUUGGCCAGCGGGCAAGCUUUGAGGGCCAUUCAGAUUUUGAUCUCCAAGUCGAACAACUACAUCCAAUUGGCUGCCAGUGGAGAAACUGAGUUAAGAAUAGAUGUGUUGUUGCAGGUAACUCGCUGGAUCGUUAAGAUCUUGGAAAUUUUAGGUUUCGAAGCUAGAGCUGACCGUUUGGGUUGGGUUGAUUCCAGUGAAGCUGGAGAAGGUGCUGGAUCUACAGAAGAUAUUGCACUUCCAUACGUAAAGGCAUUGUCCCAGUUCCGUGAUGCAGUCCGUAACUUGGCAAUCAGUAAAGCUGACAACAGCGAGAUCCUAAAGGCAUGUGACACCAUCAGAUCCGACUUGAUAAACUUGAGUGUUUCAUUAGACGACAGACCAAGCGGUGCUGCCUUGGUUAAAUUCUUGAAUGCUCUGGAGAAGGAACAAUUGAUCCAACAGCAGGAAGAUAAGUUGAAGGCCAUUGCUGAGAAAGAAAAGAAGAAGCAAGAACAGGCAGCUGCUGCCGCUAAGAAAGAGGAAGAAAGACUUGCCAAGAUGAAGAUCAACCCUCAAGACAUGUUUAAGGACUCCUCGUUGUACUCUACAUGGGACGAAAGAGGAAUUCCUACCAAAGAUGCAAAGGGCGAAGACGUUUCCAAGAGUAUGCAAAAGAAGUUGACAAAGCAACACCAACAACAGCAAAAAUUGUACGACGAGUACUUGGCUAGUCAGAAGGCUUAGUCCAUUUGUAAAUAGUAUAGGAUAUAAUGUACGGUAAUUGCACUGAUUAUAGUGAUUGCAACCAAAUGUGGUGCAUAUAAAUGUCUCUAAGCCAU